AUGGCCGAAGAGAAGACCUGUGAACUUUCAAAUGUCAUUCCGCCUUUGGUCCUGGGAGGAGGCGGAUUCAACGAUCAGAUCAAUCCAGAUCCCCGGAGCUUGCCUGUCCGAUCCAUCAUCAAAGCAGCUUUUGAGCUUGGAAUUCGCGCUUUUGACACGUCUCCUUAUUAUGGUCCGUCGGAAGAGCUUAUUGGAGAUGCACUCUCGCAACCUGACAUCACUAAGAAGUACUCUCGUAGCGAGUAUACACUGAUGACUAAAGUCGGGCGAAUCAGCGAAACGGAAUUUGAUUAUUCGCCGACUUGGGUCGAAUAUUCAGUCCGGAGAUCUUUGCAGAGAUUGCAGACUUCAUACCUCGAUGUCGUUUUCUGUCACGAUGUUGAAUUCGUUACCGAGGGCGAGGUCAUAGGUGCUCUAGAAGUGCUUUACAAACUAGUCGCGCAAGGAUUGAUCCGUUAUGUGGGCAUCUCAGGCUAUCGACUUGAUAUUCUUGUCAUGCUAUGCAGGGCAGCUCGCCUGUGUUAUGGUCGUCCACUAGAUAUAGUUCAGUGCUGGGCACAGUUGACCCUGCAAAAUACUCGUCUGCUAUCGGAUGAUGAAGGUCUACAAGCUUUGCGGAAUGAGGGCGUAUCCUGCAUUUGCAACUCUAGUCCCUUGGCGAUCGGUCUUCUUCGCUCGGGCGGUGUACCGCAGGGCUCGCAGGGGAGAUUUCCACCCUGCUCCCACCGAGCUUCGAGCUCUGGCACAGCAGGCGGCCCAGUGGGUGGAAGCUCAAGGGGAGAGCCUCUCCGCGCUGUCGUUGCGCUUCUCCAUCUCACAAGCUUUGCUUGCCUCCUCAACCAACUUUCGAGUGAGCACCAUUACCGGAGUCAGCUCUAUACACGAGCUCAAAGAGAAUGUUGCAGCAGCCAGACAGGUGUUUGGACAUGA